AUGACCCGCCACCGCCGCAGCAGCUCCGUGCUGGCCGUGCUGGAAGACGACGACCUCCUCUGGGAGAUACUCCUCCGCCUCCCGCCGCAGCCGUCCUCCCUUCCAUGUGCCUCCGUCGUCAGUAACCGGUGGCGGCGCCUUGUCACCGAUCCCAGGUUCCUCCACCAGUUCUACAAGCAUCACCAAAAGCCGCCCCUCCUUGGCGUCUUCAAGUACAGCGAAGGUAUCGUGUUCGCUCCAGUUCUGGACCCUCCCGACCGUAUCCCUCCCGCACGCUUUGACAUUGUACGGUAUGGCGGCCACCGAGAUGACGAUGACAGCGUGUUCCGCUUCCCUAUUGAAAACAAUGUGCUUGGGUGCCGCCACGGCCUUGUCCUUGUUGGGGACUAUUUGUGGAGAAAAUUCGUUGUGUGUGACCCCAUCACCAGCGAGCAGUGCCCCGUGGCCGCCCCUUCGGAAUUGUGGGGUGAGUGCUUCAAUGGGGCGGUGCUCUGUGUUGACCGCAAUAAGGGCCACGUGCACGGCGCAUGCCAUUCGACCCCCUCCCCAUUUAAGGUGGUCCUGGUGUCCAUGUAUAGAGAAUACACAGAGAAUUAUGGACAACCCAUCGCUCGUGUUUACUCCUCGGAGACUAACACGUGGAGCAGUCUCAUCUCUAUAGAGGUUUCACAUAAUAAGUGUUCUCAUAUUCGUCCUAGCACCCUUGUUGGUAAUGUCCUUUACUGGCCUUUACAUAAUUGGGGAGACAACAUACUUGAGUUUGAUUUUGACACGCAGAACCUUACCGUGAUCAAGGGGCCUCCCAGUAUGAAUGAUUCCGGCAACUUUCAGAUCAUCUAG